AUGCAACUAUCCGCUCCAGGUGGCACAACAUCCUCAACCCCAGCAACAAACACCACAACCCCCUCCCUAUUUAUCCCACCCACAACGUCAAUCCCAACCUUCUCACUAGUCUACCACAAUACGAAACAUCGCUGGGCCGACCUCGAACCACUCGAACAGACCCUAAUCCUCAAAUAUCUCCUGGGAAGAUGCCACACCCAACAACGUCUCCAUUGCCAAGGCUACAACACUCCCAAAACCAUCGACACAACGCCAUGUCUCAAACGCGGCGAACCACACCAAGCCCACACAUGCACCCGAAGCCCAACUCACCGAAAAGCCAUCGUCAUGGGCUGCAAAAUAAUUGAAACAACCCUCUGCACCAGCGAACUAGCCUUCAUAACCGCAAUCGACUUCCUCACCGGUGAAGUCCUGAUUAACAGCUACGUGGCACCAACGGCGCCAGUGACGAACUGGCUGACCCCCGUGAGCGGGAUAACACCUGAAAAAAUGGACGCAGCAGUGACGAACGGCAAAGCGUUCAGAUCGAAUGUCGACGCGCGUCACGCACUGCAGACGUUCCUCAAUUGUGAUACUGUGCUCAUUGGACAUGCGCUUCACCACGAUCUCCGGACGUUGGAUUUGAUUCAUGGCCGGAUUGUGGAUACGUCAGUCGUUACGGCUGAGGCUGUUUUUUCGAAUUUUGCGGCGAAGACGGUGUUGCCUCGGGUUUGGGAGCUGAAGGCUCUUGCGCAGGAGCUGAUUGGGAUUGAGAUCCAGACUAGUGCUGAGGGACAUCACUCGCUUGAGGAUGUGUUGGCCACGAGGGAGAUUUUGAUUUGGUGUUUGCGGGGUCCGGGGUGUCUCAAGGCUUGGGCGGAGAAGUCUCGAAGUUCGUAUGAGAUUUUGAAGCAGCAGAGAGGCGAACAGAAGAAAAAUGUGAGGAAAAAGGGGAAGAAAGCUGGACGUCAUUCGUCAGGCAGGGGUAACGGCAAGAAGAAGCCUGUUGCAAAAUGA